AUGAUUGAAGAUGCACAUUAUGGAUCGGCAGUAGACCAAAGUAAGUUUGAUAAUUUACUUAGUGACGCAGAGAAACCGCUUUAUCCCGGCUGUAAAAAGUUUACAAAAUUAUCAGCGAUUAUUAGGUUGUUCAACUUGAAAGCUAAACAUGGUUGGAGUGAUACUAGUUGUUCAGAAUUACUUAUUUUUUUGAAUGACUUAUUGCCGGAGAAAAAUGAGAUGCCGCUUUCAUUUUACGAGGUCAUAAAGACAAUAUGUACAUUAGGCAUGGAAUAUAAGAAAAUCCAUGCAUGUCCUAAUGAUUGCAUGUUGUAUCAUAAAGAAUUUUCAAAUUUAAAAUCGUGUCCUACUUUUGGGGAGUCACGAUGGAAAAAGAAAAGAAAUGGUGUGGAUGUUAAGGAAGGAGUACCUGCGAAGGUAUUGUGGUACAUUCCGCCUAUUCCUCGUUUUAUUCAGUUAUUUAAAAAUGCCAAACAUGCUAAAAGUUUGUCGUGGCAUGCAAAUGAGAGAAUAGAUGAUGAUAAAUUAAGACAUCCAGCUGACACUUUGCAAUGGAAGAGAGUUAAUAUGAAGUGGCCUUCUUUUGGAAAUGAACCUCGUAAUAUUCGUCUAGGUCUUGCUACUGAUGGGUUUAAUCCUUACUCAUCUCUUAGCAGUAAGCAUAGUUCUUGGCCAGUUAUGCUUGUUAUCUACAAUCUACCACCAUGGUUGUGUAUGAAGAGAAAAUUCACAUUGUUGACAUUGUUGAUAUCAGGACCUAAACAACCUGGUAAUAACAUAGAUGUCUAUCUAGCCCCCUUGAUAGAUGAUCUAAAAAUUUUGUGGGAUGAAGGUGUUAAGGUUUAUGAUGCUUACAGGAAAGAAGAAUUUAAUCUUAGAGCUAUAUUGUUAUGGACAAUUAAUGACUUUCCUGCUUAUGGGAAUUUAUCUGGUUAUAGUGUGAAGGGUUAUAAAGCUUGUCCUAUUUGUGAAGAACAAACAUGUUCCGAAUACUUGAAACAUUCUCGGAAAGUUUGUUAUAUGGGACAUAGGAGAUUCUUGAAGGAUACUCAUAAACUUCGAACUUGGACUAAGGCAUUCAAUGGUAAACAAGAGUUUAGAAAUGCUCCCGAAGCUUUAUACGGAACCCAGGUACUUGAAAAGAUGUCUAAAAUUGUUUUCAAGUUACGGAAGUCAAGUGUUUGUGCAUCUAAAAAGCGGAAAGGUCGUGGAAAGUCUAAGGUUAUGGAGGAACCUAAGUCACUUUAUAAAAAGAAAUCAAUUUUUUUUGAUCUUGAGUAUUGGGAGCAUAUGGUUGUACGCCAUAAUUUAGAUGUUAUGCACAUAGAGAAAAAUGUUUGCGAUAGUUUGAUUGGAACUUUAUUGAAUAUUCCUGGAAAGAGUAAAGAUGGAAUUAAGGCAAGAAAAGACUUGGUUGAAAUGAAAAUGCGAGAAAAACUGGCUCCAAAGAUUAUGAAAAAUAGGACAUAUUUGCCUCCAGCUUGUUACACACUAACUAAAGAUGAAAAAAAGGAAAUUUGUACUUGUUUGUUCAAUAUGAAAGUUCCAGAUGGAUUUUGUUCAAAUAUAAGUUCGUUGGUAAACAUACAAACUUGUAGUUUGAGUGGCAUGAAAUCUCAUGAUUGUCAUAUUCUGAUGCAACAUGUAUUACCAGUGGCUAUUCGAUCAGUCUUGCCGAAAACAAUUCGAGAGAUAAUAACUAGGCUGUGCUUGUUUUUCAAGUCACUAUGCGCUAAGGUGGUGGAUAUGUCAAACCUACAAGAGCUACAAGAUGAAAUCUCUUAUAUCUUGUGUAAGUUUGAGCAAUUCUUUCUGUUGGGUUUUAUGCCGUAA